AUGCGCCUCAUCAACGUCUCGUCGCUGGCCGUGGAGGAGUUCUUUGGCGAGCACGUCCCGUCCUAUGCCAUCCUAUCGCACACCUGGGGUGCCGACGAGAUGACGCUGCAGGAAUGGGGUAACCGCCAGGCACCGUCGGUCCAGCGCAAGUCGGGGUAUCAAAAGAUCGUGGAAGCCUGCCGGCUGGCCAGCGCGCACGGGCUGGACUACGUGUGGGCGGACACCAACUGCAUCGACAAGACGAGCUCGGCGGAGCUCUCCGAGGCCAUCAACAGCAUGUUUGGCUGGUACCGGGACGCCCGCGUCUGCCUCGUGCAUCUCGAGGACGUCGUGGGGACCGGCGGAGACGUCGUCGCGCUCUUCCAGCGCGCGCGCUGGUUCACCCGGGGCUGGACGCUGCAGGAGCUGCUCGCGCCGGCGUGCGUCGAGUUCUACGACCGGGACUGGACGUUUGUGACGGACAAGCAGCGGUGUAUCGGCGCGCUCUCUGCCGUCACGGGCAUCCCCGCGCGUGCGCUCCGGCGCGCGGCCGACGUCCGGCUGGCCAGUACGGCGCAGCGCAUGUCGUGGCUGGCGCGGCGCACAACAACCCGCCGCGAGGACAUGGCGUACUGCGCGUUUGGGCUCUUUGGCGUCCACCUGCCGCUGCUGUACGGCGAGGGCGACGCCGCCUUUGCCCGCCUGCAGGAGGAGCUCAUCCGCUCGUCGCACGACCACACCAUCUUUUGCUGGUCGUGGCCGGACCGCGUCGCGCCGCCGCCCGCCUGGAUGCCCGCGCUCGCGCCGUGCGCCGCCGCGUUCGCCGACUCGGGCGACUAUGUCCAGCGUCCCGGCCCGGGCAUCGGAAAGCUGCCGGCCGAGUACGCCGUCACCAAUGUCGGGAUCCGCAUCCAGCUGCCCAUUCUCUGCAGCUCCUCCACGACGUGCGUCGCGCUGCUGGAAGCACAAGUCGAAGGCUCGAGCGCAGAGACGUGUGUCGCGAUUGCGCUGCAGCGCCCGGCCACCAUCUGGACCUCGGAGACCGUCUUUUGGCGCGCCAGGUAUCCCAGCAGCCCCAUCAUCUUGCCACAUGGCUGGGCUGGAGCGGCCCUUGACGUGCGCCUGGCCAAGCCCGGAGCGCAUCCCGUGGACUACGGGCUCGACGCGGAGGCUCUCACGACGCUUGCGGAGCGCAACUCCGGUUGGCCUCGCUUCCAGGAGUCAAAGUUCGCGCUGAUGAUACUUGAAUGUCUGGAUGCGGGCAUCCCUACCAGACCGCUCUGCAUUCGUGACCAGGAGGAUGGGGGCGUGGUAUUCAUGAAGCCUACUUACACUCCGUCGACAUGGUGCCACCUGUUAUCCCUGUCCCGCGUAGACAAAGAUAGAGGGUCUGACAUGGUCACCGUCCUUGUGCAACAGCGUCAAGACAUGGUAAGGUGGGGGGCAGGUUACGGUGCGGGCGCGCUGGAGCGACAGAUGGAAGGAUCCUAUGGCGACGGUUCAAAAAAUACGCUCUUGGAGAUGAAGGACCAAGUUGCUGUUACCGUGGCGAAUGACUUGGAACUACCCGCGGCAACGAUUGGGCGGCUAGCUGGUGCCAGGAUCGUUCCUGUCCUCAUCCGGCAUACGCAUCAUUACAAAGAGCGCAUCAGCGACCGUAUAUACGCAGCUUGA